CAUACUCUAUACCUAUAACGGUCGUUGAGGUCGGCUUACCAGCCUCACAUGGAGAGUCUACCACAUAAUGAAUAGCAGAGGCGCAACCAGGUCUCUUGGAGGUACUCUAUUCGACGCUAGGGGUAUUGUUCACGAUAAGCUCGAUGGAAACACCCCCAUAAAAACCCCACUUUUUGUCCGUGCGACAGUACUGAAAAGUAUCUCACACGUUACGAGAAGUUCGUUUCACACUGAAUUAGAUCAUUAUCAAAGGCAUUUGCGUGAAUGAAAUACCAGCUAUUCAAAAUGUGAGAGUUGAA